AUGAUCACCAUCAGACGCGAACUCGAUACCCUACACAAUGAAUUAUUUCCGGAUGAUCAGGUGGACCUUGUCGAUGAAGUGGAAGACAAUGGCCUGCCAACUAUCAGAGGGAUUCUCGGUAAAGCUUGGAAAUGGGUACCUGGGCUGGGCCUGAAUCCGCACAGGCGCUUCUCGUCCCUUCACAAACGGCGCUUACGAGAGUCGAUUGACGCUGGUCGCCAUGGCCUCGGUUUGGCCGCAGCAGACGCCGGACAGAGCGACAAGGUCGCCCACGCACGACACUACAGCAUAGAAGAACAGCGCGAUCUGGAGCAGGAGCGAGAAGCGAUGGACAAGCUAUCGCCCGAGGAGUUGAGUGCUCUGCAACUCUCAGCGUCCGAAUUGGCUGUGACCGAUAAUGCGUCUAGUGUGCAGCAGCCGCACUUGACGAUCUCGGGAGCCAGCACUGAGGACAUUGGGCCAGAGAGCACUGGAGGGACCGAAAGCAAGCAAAGAGCUACCCCACCAACCCUGGAAAUAGAUACCAAGCCGGCCGACGGUCCCCCCACAAGUCCAGGUGUCACAUCGCCGAGGCAAAAUCUGUCCCAGAACGAGGAUGAGAGCGGGAGGGGUCGGACUCAUGAGUACGACAGCCCCAGGGGUAAGUCCAAAAGCCCUGCACGCUCACCGGCACGCUCACCGGCACGCAAUGCAGGCUCACUAAGUAAUAUGAAGGGCGCCAAAUCAGCUCGAUCAAGCACCCAGACGGCAGAGAAAAGUACGCUGAACUUCACCACGACCUCAACCGAGCGCACUCGGUCAUCGCCGGCAUUGCGGAUAGACACUAGCAUAGCUGAAGGUCUGGCAACGGACUCCCCCAAGAGUCCUAGCAAGAACGGAUCACCCAGGAGCUCACACACGGGCAGGAAUUUCCUGAGGGGACUUAGUAGGUCCGGUAUAGAUAGGGAUAGAGAAGAUAGUAAGGACGGGGAUCUGAUGGAUGCAACGCCCAAGUCACCUAAGAGUAGUAGCAAGAAACGUGGGUUCUUCAGGUCUAUGAGUAAGGAACGAGUGACACAGACGGUGUCGGACCUUUCUCCGUUCACCAGUUGA